AUGACCCUUGCGCUAGUCUGCCUUUCGUUUUCAGCGGUGGCCAAUUCCCUCACAAAAACUCCUCAGAAACCCCUUGGUGAGCCCCUGCCUGCAGUGCAGGACUCUUUCUACACAUUUGAAGAUGUUUUGGACGAGGCCGAUCUCUCAGACGGUCAUGGGAUCGAGGCAGAAUCAUGGAGUUGGGAGGCCCCUGCCCAGACUUUGCAGGACCUUUAUGAAGCAUUAAAUGUCAUGCAAGAUAGUUAUUUCUGUCUAUGGAUGGGUACAUGGCCAGGCAGUAUUGAUUGGACUGCAGCUGUACUAGCAACGCAUGUUGGAGCAACGCUAUCUUCCUUUACUUCGACCUAUGGGCUUGAUGCUGCGAAUGCCGAACAACCCCAUGGGAUGUCCUUUAUCGCACUAGAAAACACAGUUAGCCACUUCUUCAGCCAGCUCAGUACCUUCUACUUUGGUGAGAAUGCAUUCAGUCUACGGAAUCAGGCCUAUGAUGAUAUGCUCUGGGUAGUGCUGGACUGGCUGGAAAAUAUCAAUUUCCAAAACCUACACUCGGAGCUCCAUUAUGCCCGACCAGAUGCAUCCUCCAGGUCAGCUUGGUAUGGCACCCAGUUCCGUGACUCGGCCGCACAUCGUGCGCGUAUCUUCUACGAGAUCGCUUCCGCGGGAUGGGACAAAGCCCUCUGUGAUGGCGGCAUGAUCUGGAACCCGUCUUUAACGCCAUACAAAAACGCCAUCACCAACGAGCUGUAUAUAUCCGCCAGCAUCGCAAUGUAUUUAUACUUUCCGGGCGAUCCUAUCGACGCCCCAUUUAUGAGCACUGUCCAAGAUGAAACUUCCCAAUCCCCACUCCCCCACAACCCAAUUCAUCUCAAAGCUGCUGUUGACGGGUACGCAUGGCUCAAGAACUCUAAUAUGACCGGCAUUUAUGGUCUCUAUGCAGAUGGGUUUCAUAUCAGCGGCUGGCGCAGCGAAUCAGACCCGGGUUCUCGAAAAUGUGAUGUCCUGAACAAGAUGGUCUAUACCUACAACCAAGGUGUCGUUCUUAGUGGGCUGAGAGGUCUCUGGCUCGCGACUGGUUCACAAGACUAUCUACGUGAUGGUCACGAGCUUAUUCAUAGAGUCCUCCACGCAACGGGUUGGCCACGGACUUCUUCUAAACAAUGGACUGGACUGGGCCGUGGCGGCGUUCUGGAAGAAGUCUGCGACUCAUAUGCCAGCUGCUCACAGAACGGCCAAACCUUCAAAGGAAUCUUCUUCCAUCACUUUGCUGAAUUCUGUCGCCCACUCCGGCCACAGGAAGAACGUUUUCUCGCUGGACAGAUGCGGAGACCUGUUGAGGAUGAAGAAGAUUGGGAGGAGGUUUACAGUCGCCAUCUGAGCAGGUGUCGUGCUUACGGACCUUGGGUAGAACAUAAUGCGCGUGCUGCGCUCAUGACCCGUGAUGACGAGGGCAAGUUUGGCAUGUGGUGGGGUCUUCCUUUCCUAUCAGUUAUGGAAUCGGAGGAGAUUAUGAAUAGUAGUACUCUGCCUGAAGGUGCGGUAGAUUACAGAAAUGAGGAUAUCGGGGCUCGCCCUUUGAGGUCCGGGAUACCUCGCGACUUCAACGACUAUGGCCGAGGCCGAACUGUCGAGACGCAAUCUGGUGGCGUUGCGGUGUUGCGGGCUUUGUUACAGUGGCAGACAAGCGACGCUCUUUCAUGA